AUGAAGCAUAGGCCUGUGUGCUACUAUGUGAUGAACAAUGGGGCUGUCGAGGAGCAAAAUGCGUUCUUCGAACGUCCAGAACCUGCUAUGAAGAACCAUCUUAAGCCACUAUUUAUUCGGGCAAAAGUUGGUGCCCAUGGUGUGAACAAGGUUCUAGUGGAUGGGGGUGCUGCAGUCAAUUUGAUACCCCACUUCAUGUUGAAAAGAUUAGAGAUCCGCGAAGGAGACAUCAAGCCCCAUAAUAUGGUUCUGUCCAAUUAUGAGGGGAAAGUGGGCAAAACACUGGGAGUGGUCCAGUUGGAAUUGACAAUAGGCUCAAGCUGUAGGCCCACCAUGUUUAUGGUGAUCGAAGCCAAGGCCAACUAUAACUUAUUGCUGGGAAGGGAGUGGAUCCAUGGCGUAGGGGCGGUUCCUUCGUCAAUGCAUCAGCGACUAGUUCUAUGGAGAGAUGAUGGAAUCAUGGAAAACAUCGAAGCAGACCAGAGUUACUUUAUGUCAACAGUCAAUUUAGUUGACAAGAGGGAUUAUGAUAAACAUCUGGCAAAGAUUGCUCCGUGUGUUCCAAAUGACGAAAUUAAUGAAACCAGAAACACCCACUACUACAUGACCCUUCGCCAUGAUGGCCUUUACUGGGAUAGAACAAUAAUCAGUGAAGAAGAGGGAGUCGAAAGCACUAUACAAAAACGGCCAGCAGGCUGGGACUUCGACAACCUUAUCCAUGACUGA